ACUGAUUUAUGUGUAUCAUUUCGUUGAGUGAUCCCUUAUUGUGUCUAAUGUUUCAGUGGGAUUUCGCGUGACCCAUGAUUCAUGAAGUUUCAUUGCCAUUCUUUUUUCCCUUAGCAUUGGCAGGUGAGUAUGUUUACCGAAGAUUUAAUAAUGACUGAAUUAGACUCCAGUUAGUCAGUAGGCAGGUAGGGUUAAUAAUCGGAUAGGGUACCGUAAUGGGGUAGAUAUUUUUCAUUGUUUUUUUUUACUGAGAAAUUUCGGUACUGGUCGACAUUAACAAUUGCACCAUGAGCACUUUUACUGUUUUAGGUUAGAACUGUAGAAUGAGGGCAUUUUAAUCUGUUAUGCCUCAACAAAUCCUGCUAGUGGCAAAGCUUAAAAUCGUGUCCUGUACCUCAAGUACCGUACUUCUUGUGGGCGUGGCAUAACGAUUUUGCCCUGACCCCCAAAAUCUUGAAGUUUAUAACUCAUUUAUUUUAAGAAGAUUCAGAGAUUAGAAAACGUAAAUUCUAAAGGUUUUCAAAUUUAAUAUAUAACGCUAGUCUACCCGUAUGGCUACUGGUGACAUCAGGAACAAUCUAAAAAAACUCCAGAAACAAGUUUCUUUUGUGCAAUACCCUGAUGAGCUGGAUUUUGAAGGACUUUCCAAGGGCGAUGUAUCAGCUCAUCUGCCUAUCCUUUAUCAUGCCUUUUUUAACUUUAAUUCACGAGUUGUUGAAAACAUAACCAAGCUCAAUUACAGUUUGGCGGGAAAAAGGGAUUCUGCUUUUGUCAACGUUAUUUUCAAAAUUAUGCGAGAACAUAAUCCAAAGUGUAAUUUAACAUUGAAGAUUGGGCAGUUCAUGUCAAAAGGAUUUGCAGAAAGAAAAAUAAUCCUCACCAAGGAGAUAUUAGAAUUUGUUCGUACUAGUCCAAAACUAGCUGCGAAUGAUGGUAAGCCCAAACCAAGGGCCAAAACAGCUGUUAGUGUCGCUGCGAUGGUGGGAGCAAGUGGUAUAUCUAAUGCAAACAUGAAAGUACCAGAUGUAAGUUCCAUUGCUUCGAGUCAAGAAGCUACUUUAGUCCAUUCAUCACACUUGCAAUCUUCAAGUCAUAGCAUAUUAAGCACUGCGCCAAUAAUGCAGUCAACUGCGCGAAGUGUCACUAGAUGUAAAACUGUACCUACUAUAAAUUAUGUUUCUGAAAUGGAAAUUCUUCAUUCUGUGUCUCAUGAGGAUGAGCCACAAUCCUUCAGAAGUACCGUUGUUUGUCAUGCGAGCGAUAAUAUUCAAAACAAUGGGCGAGUUGGUGAAAGUGACAAUGUGGAAUACGAGUCGAAGGAAAUUUAUUUUCGGGACGAGAUUAAUGAAUUGCAGGAAAGAUUGAAAACUUUGGAGAAAGUUGUUCGAGAAAAUUCAAAAUUAAAAAGUGAACUCGAGGAGGUGAAAAUGGAGAAUUUAAAGUUGAAAAAAGAACAAACAAUACUCAAAAAAGACUUUGAAAUUUUCAUAGGACAAAAACAACAAAUUCCUUCCAACAAUAUCGUUGCUCGCCUAGAUAUUAUCGACUCAAAAAUUUCAGUGAUUGAAAAUAAACAGGCAGACCUUCAAACUCCUCCAAGUCCAGUUUGUGGUGAUAAUCUAUGCAGUCAUAUGCAAAAAAUGCACUUGCAGAAUAAUGAAUCAUUUUUAAACACAUCUCAGGUUACGGAGAAAUCUCUUCUUGAUGUGACAAAUGAUUCACCAGCAGUUGACACUCGGCAAAAAAGCAUGAAGUUGUUGCAACUGGUUCAAGGUACGAGGACAUUACUGGGCCUCAGUGACAUGUCAGGUUUAAAUCAAUCUACAGACAAAGUUGAUGAAAAUAGUCCGCCUAAAGAGUGAACUCGAUUAUGGUAGAGAUUGAAAAUACAGUUACCUAAUCAGCAAAACAUCUUUCAAAAAUGCUAAAUUUCUAUGUCCUAAAAAAAAUAUUAAAUCUGUAAUUUUGAGCAAUUUCUAGCUACUAAUGACUUUUGCAAUCUGGUGUACUUAGCUGCUGGUCUUGUAAGAUCUAUGUCCAAACCAUGACUAAUCUAUUGUAAAGUAUUUUAGUUUUGCUGGCAUACAAUGCAUAGAUAAUCACACUUUACAAUGCUCUAAUUAAUAUCUAUUCACUCUCCUAAGUUGAGAUAACCUAUGAGAUCAUUGUUUUUCCAGUUACUUAUUUCAAAAAUCAGUAAAGUUUGGGGUAUUCAGGGAAUUUCUGGUCAGGUUGCCAUGCUUAUAUUUAUAUAACAACUAAGGCCAUAGGUGGCCCUGUUGAGUGACCAAAUGUACAUCUCAAAAUAACAGGGAGUUUAUAUAAUAUUUGCAUAUAAUUAAAAUGCCUACAUGUAACUGUGACUGAUAUUCAACUUAAAAAUGGGGUGUGUCGAAAACGUUUUGUUCCACACUUGUCCAAAAUUUAGGACGCUCGCUACAUAUGAAUUAAUCCAAUAUUUUUUUCAGUAGUAUUAUGUUUGCCUUGUUUACAUAAUAUAUAUCGUGAUGAAUAAGAUCUAUAAA